GGUAAACAAUUUUUACCAUUAACAAAAAAUUACAUUGUUAAUGAUUAUUCAUUGGAUCGAUUAAAAUAUCAAAAACAAUCAGGUGGUGACAUUUACCAGCAAUGCAUUGCCUUAUCAUCGCAAACUGCUUCAUAUUGCUUCCAUUUUUUAAAAUUUACAGAUCGACUGACAAUGUUACGUCGAAGUUUUAUGAAACGUACUAGCAGCAAAAGAAGUCAAGCAAAACAAAAUGAAAACGUUGUAAAGAUUAAAAUAUUAUCAAAUAAUGAAAAAUUUUCAAAUAGUAUAGUACGAACUGGU